AUGGACAGACAAACUGGUAGCCAAUGCGAGCAAACCAUAACCAAGGGAUGCACACAUCGGACCAACUUUACGGAACAGGAGUUGGAUAGAGUGAGGCUUUGGUUGCAAAACAAAUUUAUGACCGAAGCGUUUGUGAAGCCAAACAUUACUCCCUGUCGUCGACUAUAUGUCCGCAAAGACUUCAAAUGUAUGACCGAAGGGGAAAGGAUGGCAUUCAUACGG